GAUAAGACAAGCCGUCUGUCCCCUCACACACACACACACACACACACACACACUCAGAUGCUCUCCCUCCCCACACAUACCAGUACACUCACAAGGAGCCACUCAUGUGUGUCUUAUUGCAGACCUCACCUGGAAUUUGCCUGUGUUUUAAGGAAAGAUGACCAGCAGAACUCAAGUGGCUGUAUGGUUCCUCCUUUCUUCCCUCCUUUUCUCCAUAUGCCUUUGCUAUGCCCUUCCACUUUCCUUCAUCCAUGAAAUCAACACGAGAGGAAAGCAAGAUGAUCAAAUAAUAACAAGGGAAGAAGAAACCACUAGCAGAGGAAUGAGAGGAGUGGAUCACGAUGGAAGACAAACAGUGGAAGUUUUCUCACCUUUGACACUGUAUUACCAUAAGCAGAAGAAUAGAGACGGAGAUGACCUGGACGUGAAGAGGGUCCAUUCUCCCUUGAGCCCACACCCAUACCAGCCCACCUUACCUACAAGAGGAAGGAAAGUGGGCAUAAAAUGGAAUGUCAACAAUAGAAGAAUCACCUCUAAUAUCACUACUCCACCUUCUACUACUACUAUUACUACUACUACUGCCACUGCUGCUGCUACUUCUAUGAUUUAUCCACUUAUUUCUUCUUCUCUUAAUCAUCCUCCUUCCCCUUUGUUACCAUCAUCUUCCUGCUCCUCUCCAGCGUGCAAGUGGCUAGCAUCAUGGCAGUUCAUAGUGGUGGUGUGCAUGACCUUGGCCUGGCUGGUGGGACUGAUGACCUUGUACUGCAUGACCAGGACAACUAGGGGAAAAGUACUACUGGAGGCCUGGUCAUCCCUGUGUACCCAUGACGAACAGGAUCAGGAUGAGGUGACAACUAAAGGGAUUGGAUACCUUGAUGGGAGCCCUGGUCUGCGUCGCUUCGUUCUUAUUGAAGAUGAGAAGGAAGAGGAGGACAAAGAGAACGAUAUGGAUGACUUCUCCACCUCUGAGUUUAAGGAUGUAGAGAGUAAGGAAAACAAGGAGGUAGAAAGAGGAGAUGGGAAUCCAAAAAGGAUGAAACCACCAAGGAGGGGGACUUAUAUCCUUCAGGAGGCAUCCAAAAAUGGUGUCUUGGAAGUAGGAACUUACAGGAUACAAGAGAAGGAGGAGGAAGAAGAGGAAGAAGUGGAUAGAAAGAGGAAGGACAACGACAAAGAGGAGGAAGAGGUGGAAUACAUUUUAGAGGGAGCAACUUACAUUUUGCAGUCUGAAAGGGUAGGAAGAGAAGACACAGGACUCAAAAGAGGAGAAGAAAGGGGAGGAUACAUAGGAGGUAUAGAAGGACUGUAUGGUAUUAUAGGAAGAGAAAGGCCACAAGGAGAAGGAUAUGGGGGCUUAGCAGGGUUAAGAGUAUAUGGAAUUAUGGGAAGAGAAGAAGCAGAAGGCAUCAGAGGAGGAGGAGGAAGAAUAGAAGGGAUAGAAGAAUUGUAUGAGAUACUGCAUGGUGAAGUAUCAGGAGGAGGGGCAAAUAGGAGAGAAGGAGGAGAUGAUGGGGUACUCUUGUCAGUGGGGAAGUUGGUAGGGGCUGUAAGAGGGGGGAAGAAAGAGGAAAAGAUAAGAGGAGAGAGUAUGAGUGGAGGAGGAAGGACAGGAGCUAAAGGUGAGGAAUGGAAAGAAGUAGGAGAUGCAGGUGGAGGAUGGGGGGAGGGAAGAGAAGGAGGGAGAGAAGAAAGAGGAAAAGUGAGAGGAAAAGGAACAAGUGGGUCAAAAAGGGGAAAAGGUGGAAAAAUAGUGGAUGAAAAAGAAAGAGAAGAAAGAGGAAAAGUAAAUGUCAGUGAUACUUGGGGAGGAAGAAAGGGAAAAGGGGAUAAGACUAAUUCAAGAGGAAGUGGGGAAGGAAGUUGCAGAGCUAAGACUCCUCCCUCUCCCAAAAGAGCUGCCUCCUUCCCCAUGGACCACUUUCUUUCCUCCCACUUAAUGCCCCGUAAACUUUCCCUCAUUGUGGAGGAGGAUAUCCACUGAAUGCAAUUGUGUUGUAAGCAUUUUUUAAAGUAGUAUCCCUGUGAAGUAAUUGACCUUAACAGUUGCUCUUUCUAUACUCUACAGAUAUAAUCUUUAAGGUUUUGUUUCUCCUGUUCAAAUUUUACAGGUGACUUCAAAUCUGUACUACUGCAUACUUGUGUUUUGUGGGAUGAAAUGAGCAAAUCUCAUAUCCUGUAGUAGAGUGUAUCCUAACUAUAUUCGGAUUGUUAAAUUACCUUUUAAUAAAACUGUUUCUCAAUGACAGUAUUUUUUAGGUUGAGUGCACAUAGAUAUUGCUCUUUUUUAUUCUUUAUAUUACAUAGCUGCUGCCCAUUCUCUGCUUGUUAAAUUACCUAUUACUAACACUAUUUUGUUAAUGACAGCAGCUGUCAGGUAGCAUGAAUAUAGGUAUUGUUUAAAGUCUUUUACUUAUAAUACAUGCUGCCCUUUUUCAAUGCCAUAUUUGCUGUCUCAACUUUAUAUGGUGUAUGUGAAAUUAUAAAUUGGUUGGACAGUGGUAGUCCUGAAUGUUACUGUGCUAUGUUAAACGAUUUAUGGUAAACUGAAAUUUUCUCAGGCUUUUUAUGUAUGUAGAUAGCCAGGAAAGAACACUGAUGUAAGUAGCCAAAAUGCUUAGUGCAUGUGACCAGUGCCCUCACUGCCAGGGUAACAAUCUCAUUCCUUACAGAAAUAAUAAAAUUACACAACGAAGUUGUAAAAAGGUACAAGUAUACUAAAAGGCUAUUCAAGCUAUUCAAUGGGAAAUUAACAAAUCACUAAAGGAAAAUAGGAAAAAGAACGAGGAGUGUUUGUAAGAGGAUAAGUAGUCACCUGAGAAGCACAUUAAAAAGAUUGUGGGAAAGAAUUAUAAACUUAAAUCAUAAAAGUGGUAUUUAAAUACAAGGACAAUGAGGUGAUGAAGAAAUCAACAGAAGCUCUGAUACACCCCAGGGUGGAAUAUGCAGCAAUGGUAUGGUCCCCACAUGAAAAAAAAUAUAUACAAAUAUGAUAAAAAUAACAGCAACCAAGAAGGUCCCCAGUCUGUCAAAUCCUGUACACAGAAAGAUUGGAAAAACAUGAACCAUCUAUGAAGGACACCCUCAUUCACAUGUGUAAACAAAUAAAUUCAGACUCCAUCAAAUUUUUCUUCACCAACAUUGUAGCAAGAGAAUGGAAUAAACUCACCCUCAGUGGUCCCGUUGAAAUGCCCCGAGAUUUGAUUUUCUCUUUUCUACUAUUCUCUUGGCCCCACACGUCCUCUGCGUGUAUCGAAACACACGAGAAAUUAAUCAAGACAAGGAGAGGGUAUUCGCCAGCUGCCUGGGAAUGAACCCGCGACCAGCGUGACGGGAGAGCCAAUCCUUACCGAGUCGGCCAAAGAGGUACCCCACUCAUCAAGUGGGUUAUGGGAGGCUCCCUUAUGAGGCCUAGUCACCGCACUACACAGUAAAGUAUGAUCAUUCAUUUAAAAUCAAGCUCGAUCACUGCUUCCAUCAACUUGAUAUUCACUAAAGUCAAAAUGCAAAGUCUUGGUGGCAUUAAAUUCAAUAUGAUUUAAUUUAGGUUUAAGGACAAACCCCAUUGUCUGAACCAUAGGAUCAGUGUGGUCUGAAUAUCUAUGUAUCUAUGUAAAUAAAACCACAAAUCCA